AUGCAGAGUACCGAUAGAGCUAUCCUACCUGUCAAGCGACACUUGUCGCCCGAUGCUUCGGGUUUGUCCAGCUUGGGUAACGCGACCAAUGCGCCUGGUGUGCACUUCCAACCCACCUCCACUCCUCACCUCUUCUCCAUCGAUUUGCCGCCUCGAUUUUUCCAGAAACAACACCCCGAAGAGCCAAUUCCUAGUCUGGUGCUGCAGAUCAACUAUGUCACGCUCCACCAGAGUGAGCCUUUGCCCAAAGCUGUGGCUCAAAAGGAAGAGAUGUUCUUGCAUUGGACAGGCGACGCUGUGCCGCUCGCAUUCUAUGGAGCCAACAAGGCAAGGACGAAGAUUCGCACAUCGACUCCAAAGAUCCUUUCGCAUUCCCUCUCUCCCGCCACCGCAAGCUCGCCCAAAGCCGAAAAUGCCGAUAGCGAAGCGACUAAAUCGGGAGCUGCAAUCACCUAUGGGCCCUGGGUAUCGGUACCAUCCUUCUCAGACAGCCCAUCUCUAGCUCUCGAGUCGCGCCGCGCAGCAUCCGUCCACUACAAGCACGACGCGCCAGUGAUCAGCGUGGUUCGAGCGGAUCGGCACGUCGAGAUUUCCCACUGGGGAGACAAUCUUGCCAUCGACGAUCAGCUCUGGCUGCGCAACGACGGACCGAAGCUCAAGGGACAUUUUUCGCGCAUAGAGCAUCAGAUGGCACAGAUGUACAACCGAGACAAUUCUCAUACGCUCAACAGUCUGCUCUUGCACCUCCCACCUGGAGCCAAGGACGCUUACUUUGUCGAUGCGAUUGGAAACAUUUCGACAAGUCACUUCAGACCUACACCAAACGCUCCUCAGUACAUCCAUACAGCCCCUCACAAAUUGGCAGCUCACAGAGCUUCCUCUUUGGAUCUGGUACCUCGCUACCCCUUGCUGGGAGGCUGGAAUUUCACCUUCAGUAUCGGCUAUCACCUCAACCUGGCCAAAGGCAGCUGGGGCAAGAGAGUGCUGGUAGAUGGACAGGAGAGGUAUAGCGUCGCUGUACCAUUCUUAACUCCCAUUACUGAUGUGGCGGUUGACUCUGCUCGAACGACCAUUGUGCUGCCGGAGGGCGCAAAGGACAUUACCUACGCCGCGCCUUUUCUGCUGGACAGCGUGGCGCAAUCCAUCUACACCACCUACCUCGACUCGACCGGUCGACCAUCGUUGGUGUUGGAAAGAAAAGCAUGCUCGGAUCAUCAUGGACGCAACGUGUUUGUGACGUACAAAUUGGACAAGAAGGAUCAUUAUAGGAAACCGGCAGUCAUUACUGCCGUCUUUUUUGCCGCCUUUUUGGGCGCGGCCUUGGCUAGGAGGUUUGAGGCUAGAAUCAAGACGUAG